ACACUUGACAAAGAGAUGACAUUGACUGUUUGUGAUAAAUGAUUCAUUUUGUUUCGUGAAAAGAGAAAUAGUAACAAAUGUUAAUAUUUACACUAGAAGUUUCAUAUUAAAACGUUAUUCUUUAAAUUGUAGUUUUGUCAAAAACAUAUCCAAGGAAAAUGAAUGAUCCAGAACUAGAGAGAAUUCGUCAGCAGCGUCUCGCGGAGCUACAAGCGCAACAUGGAGGUGGAGAUCCAAAUCAAGCCAAGGCUCAACAAGAGCGGAUGCAGGCAAUGGAAGAGGCAAAACAUUCAAUAUUAUCUCAAGCACUUAGUCAAGAUGCCAGAACGAGAUGUGUUGAAUAUAAUAAAAUUAAGUAAGCCAGAAAAAGCCACAAUGGUGGAAAACAUGAUCUGCAGAAUGGCUCAAAUGGGACAGUUGAGCACGAAAAUCUCUGAACAAGAAUUGAUACAAUUGUUGGAAUCAGUCAAUCAACAAAUGCCCAAAUCAUCAAGCACUGUUAAAUUUGACAGGAGAAGAGCUGCCCUUGAUUCUGAUGAGGAUGAUUUGUAGUAUUUGUUGAAGUUAUUCACUAAUUCUACACCGAAAUGCCUUAAAUUAUACUCAUUCAACUAUUUGGAGUGUUAUUGCUAAACAUAAAGCUAAUAUAUUUCUGGCAGAUUUUUUGAUUGUAGGCCUAUGUUAUUGUAUUGAAUACACUUUAAAGCAAUAUAUUAUAGUCGGAAAGCAAUAAUAUUAAUAUCUUAAAUUAGUUGAUGACUGGUCUUUUUGCUAUUAAUUAUCACAAGGCUUAUGAUGUCGAAAUAUGCUGAUAGUUUCUACUGUUAGUUUUCUACACAAAAAAAUACAAA